UCAGAGGGGUAGAACACAACACGAUACACAUAUACUAGUGAGAUACCCACUUCCCGGCUUGUGUCAUAAGUGUGUUGUGACGGGAUAUGAAAAUGUUAAACGAAACGUUUGAUUGGUAACUGGCCUUACCAAGAACCAUGAAUUUAUCGCUAGCAAUGGCGAUUGUGUUUAUUCUACUGGUGAUGAAGUGUACUCCAACGAUAAGCGAUGGAGACCAAGCUGACUCAGUUAGACAUGAUGUAGAAGUGUAUAGAAAACACUUCAGUAUGACCUUUAAACAGAACCCGGACACAGUGAUAGAUGCUCUGAUGGAACAAGAACAACGGAGGAAGACUAGACAACAUCUAAAACCCAGGAGAAUACAACCACCCUAUGUCAGGUCGCAGAGGGUGGAGGUGGACCAACAUGGCCGACAUUUCAUUUGGGACCACCGAUUUGGCUAUAUGCCUGUCCACCCCUUACCUUGGGACUAUCCCGUAAUGUGGGUUGAUGGACUGGACGGACCCAUUGCUAUACCUAUGGGGAUGGAACCUACCUAUCUACCAAUAGAACCUGUCUUCCUAGUCAAUCCGACCCCGAAACCAGAUUCGUGUGAUCCUAUGAGAAGCAGAUCAUCCAUAAAGGAACAAAACAAACCUACGAUGUCAUUCUACGAACCAUCCUCCGAUCCGUGUACCGGGAAGCCCCAGUCUGAAUUUGCAGUAACGGCGACAUCCGGCAUGGCGGAUAUCCUUUGUAUGCUCUGUCAGUAUCUCAAAAACAAGCGGUGUGUUUGGCAUUUCUGUGUUCAUCCAGAGGGAGUAUACAGGAUCAACAUCAGUGAGCACCUCAAAACGUAAUCAACAAGGUUUGCAGGGACAGAACUAGAAAAGGGUUAAUUCUGAUUCAGAAGUAUUUAUUUAGGACUUACCAUAUUGAUAUUCAUACAGAAAGGCGAGAGAAAUAUAUUUUUAGGCAUAAUUUGUUUGUAAAUAAAUCAAUGACAGGAAAAUUGAUUAAACUAUUAAUAGCCA